AAUUUUGUUUAAGUACAUUAAUUUUAGUCCAUAAAACGGUUUUAUAUUUGAAACUAUAUACUGCACGUAUAAAAUAAUUAGUCUGACUUAAAAGAUACAAAGAAAAAGAGAAGAAUAAAAUAAAAGAUAUUUGGUUGAACAAUUAUAAUAUAAAAGUUAAUGUAAAUAUAUAAAAAAAUGAUAACCAAAAUAAUAAGUUAGCCUCAGAAAAUAUAAUAAGUUACAAAAUCUUUAUUAUGUUCAUACCGUGACUAUAAGACAUCCGAUCAGAAGUAUAUUUACAACUAAAAAGUUAAGUCACUAGAGCAAAUCAUAGUUUAAAUAUGUGGCCUCAAAUUUCUAGUAUUAUUAUUUUUAAAUAAAUACAUAUCUUUCAAUUUUUUUUUUCUUCUCUUGAUGCUUUUAUGCCACUCUGGUUGUAUAGCCAGGAUUGGAGGAACAUCUAUAUCAAAUGGAGAUAGUCUUGUGGUUCUAUAUCAACAUAGCGUUGACACUUGACAUAAGAAGAAUUACUAAAAUAAAAAGGAGUUGAAAAAUUAACAAAAAGUGAGUAGAAGAUAGGUUUAAAACCAAAAGUAAAAGUCAAGAUGAGAGGUCCACCUUUUGUCAAUUUGAUCCGUCUCGAGUAUUAUUCGUUUGUGCCAAAAAUGUAGUAAUACACACACAUAUAUAUAUAUAUAUAUAUAUAUAUAUAUAUUUGUAACUUAGUAAUACACAUAUAUACAUUAUAUGAAAAUGAGGUAUACGAAAACAAAAAAAAAAACCAAAAAGAGAGGUAUAGGGCUUAUUCUGUAAUAUUUUAGAGUACAUGCCUUGUAUAUUCUACCUAAGUGCGCAAAAUUACGACCCAUAUGAACCAUAAGGGAGAAUUAGAAUUAUUCAUUUUAGAUUUGGGACCAGCCGGUGUUAAUACCGAUAGCAUGGUAUAAUGCAAUAUUCCCAACGAGAAUCCAACUAACAAGCAAUAAAACCUAUUCCAAGCACUAAACCACUCGUUUUAUGCACCGAUAGCUUAUAAAUAUUUCGAAAUAAAGUUAUAAUUCGGUUGGUGACAUGUUGAACUAAAGUUAUAUUAUAAUAAAAGUUAUAAUUUGAAGUAAUUUGUAGUAAAAGUUAUGUGGUAGAAAUGUAAAUUUAUGCAAUAAAUUUGCUAUAAAAAUAUGAAUUACUAUAUUUUUAAAAUUAUUGACUGGUAAUAUUUUUGAUGUAUAUAUUUUAAUAUAUGUUAUGUUUAAAAGUUUUGAAUACAAUAAUAAUUAUAUUUACUAUAAAUUAAAUAAAAUAGAUUACAAAAAUAAAAUAUAUUAUGUGAAAUUAUUGAAUUAAAAUUAAGGAAAUAUACUUUGUGUAUAUUCUAACAAAAAAUACCAAUAUGAAAUAAUUUUGGUUUAUUUACCAUUUGAAUUAGCAAUUACAACUAUAUGAACAAUUUUGUUUAAUUCAAAUAGAAAUAAUAAUUUAUAAACAUUUUUGAGUAAUAAGUAAAUAGGUAUAUAAUUUUUUAAUAAAAAAAUAUGAAUUGAAAAAAAAAAGCUAAACGUGAGACAAACAUUAGGUGUAUUAAAAAACAAAUUGUUAAAAAUCCUAAACUGAAGUGGGAUAACUAACACAAAAUCAAAACUUUUAAUACAUUAAAUUUUGUUUGAUGUUGGGCGAAGAUUUGAGUUAUUAAUUUAUCUAAAAGGAUAACUCAAAACUGUAACUCAAGUAUAAUACAUCAUAAUUCAAACCUCAACUCAAAAAUAUAUAAUCAAUUAAUGAUUGGUAACAUUUUGAUUUAAAGUCCUAACUCAAACUUAAUCAACUAUAACACAUGUCAUCAAUCAAAAUCUAAUGGGAGUAAAUUUUGAAAAGUUUUAAUCAUAGUAAAUUUUGGGACGGAAUACAAACUAAGGCUCCGAUAGGUGACACGUUAACUUAGUGUUGAUUUACAAUAAAAAUUAUAAUUCGAUGUAACUCGCAGUAGAAACUUCAGAUUUAUUUAAUGAAUUCGCAGUAAAUUACAGAUUUUGUAAUUAUUGAUUGGUAACGUUUUUGAUGUAUAAGUAGUAUAUAUAUAUAUAUAUAUAUAAUACGAAUAUCAAUAAUAAAAAUUAACAAUAAGCUUAACAUGUUAACAAAAAAAUAACAAUGAUAAUUAAAUUUAUUAUAAAAUUGAUUAAAUUUAAAACAUAUUAAAUUAAGUAAAUUAAAUUAAACCAAUAUUAAGGAAAUACAGUAAUAUAAUUUUGUUAAUAUUCUACCAAAAUUUACAUAUAUUUUUACAUAUGAAUUAAUGUAUGUAAAAACCUUAAGUUAGCAAAUAGAUAUAGCAAUUAAAAUUUUAGAAAUAAUCUUAGAUAGUUUAAAUGGAACUAGUAGUUUAUAAAUGGACUAACUAGUAAAUAUCUGUAUAAAAUAAAUGUUCACCUGAGACAACUAUGAAUGCAUUAAAAAAAUUGUUAAAGUUUAAAAAGUAACCGUAUGAUAACUGACAUAAAACCAAAAAAAAAAACUAAUUCAACUUCUAAUACAUGGCAUUUUGUUUGAUGUUGAGUUAAUAUUUUGAUUAUCAAUUUUUUCAAGGGUUAACUCAAAAUGUAACGUAUAUACAAUAUAUUGUAACCCAAACAUUAACUAAAAAUAAUACACGAAUGGUAAUAUUUUUGAGUUAUACCCCAAACUUAAAUUUAAUAAAUGGUAUUUUAUGUCGCCAGUCAAAGCCUAAGUCUAUUUUUUUUUAAACCUAUUUUUGGUAAAAUAAAUUUAAAUAUUUUUGUUAUUAGAAGUGUUUAUAAUGAACGAUUAAAAACAACAAUAAAUAUUUUUAGUUUGUGAGAUUGACACCGACCAUUGGUUCAACCUUCAUAUUAUAUUUUCAUAACACCGACCAUUGGCUCAACCUUCAUAUUAUAUAUUUUUGGUGUAAAAGUUAUAAAAAAAUUGAUAAAAGAUCAAUAAUUUUUUUGAUUAGUUUAAAUUAUAUAUAGUACGGAAAUUACAUUUUUCUUAAAAAUGAUAAGAUAUUAAAAUAUAAUUUAUAAUUUUUUGGGGUUCAGAAGAAAGUUUUUUUGAGCUAAAAUUUGGAAUUCGAAAGAAAAGUUGAAACUACGAAUCAUGACUCUGCUCCGAGUCGGGAGACACCACACCAACGUGGCAAGCCCUAACUACAAGUCAACAUGUGGAAAUACACGACACAUUAGGUUCUAGCAUAACCGCAUCUUCAGUCGCCACGUAAACAUGCUAUAACCACGUGUCUAAUAGUAACCGCCUGUCUAGUGAAAGAAAAGAAUAAUCUCUCCCUAGUAUAAACUUCCAUGGAGUUUGGAAUCAGAAGCAAACCAGUAGAAAACUAAAACAACAAAUCUUGAUUACAAAAAUGGCAAUAAUAAUGGAGAAGAGAUCGUUAAUGAUGAUGGUGUUUAUGUUGAUGGUGAUUCUGGCGUGGCAGAACGAAUGCCAUGGAUGGGAAGCAGCAGAGGAUAUUGUCAGAAAUGAAUCAGAGCAUUCUAAAAACGCUGCUGGAACCGUCACAAAAAUGGCGGCCAAGGCAACUCGUGAUGCCAAUGACAAAACCGCAUCUUGGACUGGUUGGGUUUCUGAUAAAAUCUCAAUAGGAUUGGGAAGCAAGAAAGAGGAAGCAAAAGAAGCGGCUGAAUCUGCAAAGAACUACGCCUAUGACAAUGCCGGUUCUGCCUAUGACAAUGCAGGAUACGCCAAGGACUUUGUAUCUGAUAAGGCCGGCUCUGCUUACGACAGUGCUCAAAAUGCAAAGGGUUAUGCUUAUGAGAAGGCCACUGAUGCAAAGGAUGUGGUCUAUGACAAAGCGGGUCAAGCCAAGGAUAUGGUCUAUGACAAAGCUGGUAGAGCCAAGGACAUGGCUUCUGACAAGACUGGAUCAGCCUAUGACAAGGCAGGUCAAGCCAAAGACCUAGCAUACGACAAGGCUAGCCAAGCUAAGGACAUGAUUUAUGAUACCGCAGGAUCAGCCUACGACAAGGCCGGUCAAGCCAAAGACACAGCAUACGACAAGGCUGACCAAGCUAAAGACAUGGUUUAUGAUACCGCAGGAUCAGCCUACGACAAGGCCGGCCAAGCCAAGGACAUGGCCUACGACAAAGCAGGAUCAGCCUACCACAAGGCCGAUCAAGCCAAGGAUAUGGUCUCGGAUAAAACAGGAUCAGCCAAGGAUAUGGUCUACGACAAGGCCGGUCAAGCCAAGGACAUGGUCAACAAGAAGGCGGCUCAAGCAGAGGAAAAGGCCGGUCAAGCCAAGGACAUGGUCUACGACAAGGCGGCUCAAGCAAAGGAAAAGGCCGGUCAAGCCAAGGACAUGGCCUACAACAAUGCCGGUCAAGCCAAAGACAAGGCUGGUCAAGCCAAAGAUAUGGCCUAUGACAAGGCUGGUCAAGCCAAAGAUAUGGCCUUCGACAAGGCUGGCCAAGCCAAGGACACUGUGUAUGACAAAGCAGAUGAUGUGAUUAGAAUGGCUACGGAUAAGAGCGAUGAAGCUAAAGAAAUAGGUUAUGGAACAUACAAAAGAGCAAAAGAAGGGUCCAAAAAUGCUAAAGACGUUUCAUUUGAAAAAGCUCGUGACGUUAGAGAAACUGGGGGGCAAGCGAUGGACUAUGGUAAAGACAAAGCAACAGACGCGUACGGAUUAGGAAAUGAAGCUGCCGGGAAAUUGGAGGAGGCAAUGUAUAAAGUUGGGGAAAGGUAUGGUGCAGCAAAGGAUUCAACGUCGGAGAAGGCAAAAGAAGCUUAUGAGAGUGCAAAGGAGAAGGCUUCUGAGGCUACUGGAGAGUAUGGUGCAUAUUUAAGGGACCAUAGUGUUGAGCUUUAGAACCAGAGAAAUUACACACGUCUAGGGGUUGGAUGAGACUUCAGAUCUUUCUCGUGAAAUCUACAUGGAACUGCUUUGUUUUAGUUGAAAAUGCAUUCUGACGGAAGUUUAUAUGUACUUAUGGAUGUGUCACACAUUUAAGUUACAUAUAUAACUAUGUACGACAACGUCUUUGACCCUAAUAAACUUGUAAUAACUAAGAA